AUGAAAAAGACAGGGUCUUUUUCCCAAUUUGGGUUCUUUGUUUUUAUCCUAAUAGCAAUAUGUUUGGGAAUUUCAGAAUGCUACCACAAAGAAAAAAGCUUAGAGGACUCACAAGAGUUUCUGGAAGAACCUCGGUUUGAAACAGAGCAAUCUGAUGUCUAUAAAGAAGACCUAGAAAGGAUGAGAGACCUGGAUGAAAUUAUUAAGUAUAUGGUAAAUGAUAUACUUUUUCCAAUAGAAGGGAUAGUAAAAGGGUACUGCCUCUAUAGAUCCGUAUCCGAUGAGUUGAAAAAUGAUUUAAGCCUCUUCAAAAAAGAGAGUAUCGUGGUUGCUACUAUUUUAUUGAGUGGUAAAUGGAAGAAUCCAGUGGGAUUUAUUUCACGAUGUAGAGAAAGUCUCCGUAUGGUGAGCAAUGGAAUGAAGGCUUCAUCCUUCAAACAUUCCGAUGAAUCUUGGUCUUCUAUUGUAAGCAAUCGCAAGACAAUAAAAGCUUCUAGAAUAAAGAUUUGUUUUAAAGCCAAAAUCUGUUCAAGAAUGAUGAAAAAACAUGAUGGUAUUGAGAAUCUCAGAAGGUUUCUGGUAAGUAGAACUCAGUAUGGACUAAUUUAUCCAGAUCAAAACUCUGAAAUAGUGGUAUGGAACACAAUACGAGAAUUUAAGGAUAUAUUAUCAGUAGGUAUUCUUAAAGGAAGUAUGAAAAAUCACAUCAGAGUGAUUGUCAUGUUCAAUUACAUGAACAAGAUUUUGAAUCAAAUAGGUAAACAACCAGUGUCUUUGCUUGCAUGUAUUGCUCUUAUUAAUGCCAUGGUUAGAGAAAGAUCUCUUGGUGAAUGGCUUUCAUUUUCCCGAAGCAAAACUUCCAGAAACAGACAAUAUGAAUCUGGAAUUGAUCCAGUAACAAACUUGAGAUAUGAUACCAGCUUAAAUAUCCGAGAGAAUAUAAGUAACUUUCAGAUCAGAACAUGCAACCACGUAAUAUGGACAUCUGGCAUUCUUUUAAGUGAAAGACAAGUCCAAGUUAUAGGAGAGAAUUCAAGUCAAGUAUAUACAUUGAGAAAGAGGGUUUCGUGGAUGUGUAACAAAAUGUUUACGAUGUAG